CGGCGGCCUUGUAAGGGAGCCAGUGGGCGGGCCUGAGACCUAUGCUCACUGACAGCGCUGGUUCGAGACCUGGGCGGCAUGCCGCUCUGCCGCUCACAGCGGCUGGUGGACAAAGGGGCCGUGGACAAAGAACCAGGGGUCAACUAGGAUUCCGCUUCCGGGCGACACUGGACAGUGGACUCUGACCCAGGCCUUGGCUGUCCUGCCCUCAGCCUCCCCGACUCUGGUCACUGCCACUGCCAUGCUGACCCCCAGGACUGCCUUCCUCUUGACUCUGCUCCUGGCUGGGGGCUCCCUGAGCAGGAGGGCUCGGAGACCCUCUCGGCCUGCGUCCCCCAUUAGCACUAUCCAGCCGAAGGCCAACUUCGAUGCUCAGCAGUUUGCAGGGACGUGGCUACUUGUGGCAGUGGCCUCCUCGUGCCGCUUCCUGCAGGAGGAGGGCCACCAGGCUGAGGCCACCUCGCUGCAUGUGGCUCCCCAGGGUGCAGCCAUGGCCGUCAGCACUCUGCGGAAGCUGGAUGGGAUCUGCUGGCAGGUGCGGCAGCUCUACGGAGACACGGGCGUCAAGGGGCGUUUCCUGCUCCAAGCCCGAGGUGCCCGUGGGCCAGUAGAUGUGGUCGUCGGGGAUACAGACUACCGAGGCUUUGCCAUCCUGUACCUGGAGCAGGCGAGGCGGCUGUCGGUGAAGCUGUACGCCCGCUCACUCCCCCCAAGUGACUUGGCCCUGAGUGCAUUUGAGCAGCGGAUCCAGAGGGUCAACUUGACCGAGGACCAUAUCUUGUUCUUCCCCAAGUAUGGUUUCUGCGAGUCUGCAGACCAGUUCCAUGUCCUGAAUGAAGUGAGGAGGUGAGUCCAGGUGGCAGCCCGGAACUCAGAAGGAGCGAAGACCCUGAAGGUGGUGGCACCCACUGCCCCACUCACUGAGCCCCGGAACCCCGCGGGGCAGGGCCACCCUGGGGGGGACUCACUCCCAUGUGCAUCCUGAAGCUGCCCACAGCCCACGGGGGUAUAGGGGCACUGCUUUCAUUAAACGCUGUCCAGCUUGG